AUGGAUGUCGAGAAAUCAGGCAAGCCCUCGGUGGAGGAUGACUUUGCCGCAAACCCCAUUGUGAAUGCGGACAAACUCGCUCGCCGCCUGAGCGGCCGUCAGGUGCAGAUGAUCGCCAUUGGCGGCACGAUCGGCACAGGUCUGUUCCUUGGAACCGGUUCUUCUCUCGCGACUGGCGGUCCUGCCUCCAUGCUGUUGAGUUAUGCGAUUGUGGGCGUCAUUGUAUUCAUUACGAUGCUCUCUCUUGGUGAGAUGGCUGCAUUCAUGCCCGUCGCUGGUUCGUUCUGCACUUAUGCCGGUCGUUUUGUUGACAAAGCUCUUGGCUUUGCCUUAACUUGGAAUUAUUGGUUCAACGAUGCCGUGUCCACGGCAUCCGAUAUUCUGGCGCUGCAGCUCUUACUCCAGUAUUGGACAGACAACUUCCCAGGAUGGGCAAUCAGUCUGAUCUUCUUAGUUGUCGUGAUCGCCCUGAACGUCAUGUCUGUCAAAGUUUAUGGCGAGAUUGAAUACUGGCUCAGUCUCCUCAAAGUGAUCACGAUCGUUAUCUUCAUCAUUCUUGGUAUUGCCGUCAAUUGCGGUGGAAACAAAAACCAUGAAUACAUUGGCGCAAGAAAUUGGACGAAAGGUGAUGCACCCUUCGUUGACGGAAUUGGCGGUUUCGCAUCGGUUUUCGUCACUGCUUCCUUUGCAUACGGCGGAACGGAAUCCAUCGCCAUCACCGCAGGCGAGACGAAAAGCCCCGCUAAGACCAUGCCGAAGGUUGUUCGGAACGUCUUCUGGCGUAUCAUCCUGUUCUAUCUGCUCUCCAUUGUGAUCAUCGGGUUCAACGUACCAUACGACUACCCAGAUCUGUCAGACGGAGAUACCAAGACCAGUCCCUUCACCAUUGUCUUCCAGCAAGCCGGCUCCGCAGUUGCCGGUAGCUUCAUCAACGCCGUGAUCAUGACUUCGGUCAUUUCCGCCGCCAAUCACGCCCUCUUUGCCGGAUCCCGUUUACUAUUCACCCUCGCCGUGGACGGAUACGCGCCCAAGUUCUUCGGUCAUCUCAAUCGGUUCCAAGUUCCCUGGGUCGCUGUUCUCGCCACCUCCGUGAUCAGCGGUCUCUGCUUUGGAGCCAGCUACAUCGGAGCUGGAAAGCUCUGGUCCUGGCUUCAGAAUAUCGUCGGCGUCUCAAACCAGCUCUCCUGGAUCUGUAUCGGUAUCGCGUCACUGCGGUUCCGCUCGGCAGUCCGGGCCCAGGGUAUUGAGCACCUUCUCCCCUACAAAAAUUGGACAUAUCCAUUCGGUCCGAUCUUUGCUAUUGUGCUGAACAGCUUCCUGGUUCUUGUUCAGGGAUGGAAGUGUUUCAGUCCGCAUUUCAAGGAUGUGGAUUUUGUUUCCUAUUACAUUGAGAUCCCUAUUAUGAUCGUCAUGUUCCUGGGGUGGAAGUUGGUGAAACGGACCAAAUUUGUCAGGACUUCCAAUAUGGAUUUGAGGACCGAUCGGUAUGAUCCGUCACAAGAAGAUCAACCGGAUGAACUUUCCAAAAAGGCUGGCCUUUGGGGUAAGGCUCAGCGGUUUGGUCAGUGGGUGUUCUUCUAA